UUCAUUCAAUUUCACUUCCGGUUUGGGUAGACAACCUAAAGUGAUUUUGGGUAAACCCCAGAGAAAUGAUAUGUUAUGUUCAUGAAGAAUAGUUAAUAUUGAAAGGUUUGUUAUAUUUUAACCAACAGCAACAUGGCCACCAAAGUUGUAGCGAAUCCUGAGAUGGAUAUUUUGAAAGAUGAACGUGAGGGUAGACUUCGUGAGGUUGGAAAUCAGGCUGUGUGGUCACUGUCCUCUUGUAAACCUGGUUUUGGUGUAGAGCAGCUACUGGAUAAUACAGUGGACACAUACUGGCAGUCCGAUGGACCACAACCACACCUGGUCAACAUCCAGUUCAGGAGGAAGACCACCAUCCAUGAUGUGUGUAUCUACACCGAUUAUAAAGCUGACGAGAGCUACACACCUAACAGAAUUUCUCUCCGUGCUGGUACACACUUUAAUGACCUUAUUGAAGUAGAUCAAAUAGAACUCAGUGAACCAGUGGGCUGGGUGUGUGUCCCAAUGAAAGACAUCAAUGAUAAACCUAUCCGGACAUUCAUGGUUCAGAUUGCAGUGCUUUCAAAUCAUCAAAAUGGACGAGACACACACCUUCGUAGAAUUAAAAUUCGAUCUCCGGUACAGGACACAUAUGUUGUUAAAACACCAAAGUUCACCAGUCUAGAACUAAUGCAGCUGGCCUAUAUAAAGUGAGUUAUGGUGGAACAUUAUAUUGAUGUAAUAAGCAGUGAUGCUGAAUGUUAUGCCACAAUCCAUCAUAGAAAUACAUGUUACAACUGUCUCAGACAGCUUGUAAAAUGUAGUUACCCGCCCAAUACAAUUGGAAAAUAUGGGGUAAAUGUUUGAAA